UAGAUCACCGGUACGUACCUGUCAAAAUGGCUGUGGGGAUUUCCCUGAGAAGACAUCUUUAACUAACAUAGUGGGGUUGGUCGUAAUAUAGAAAUCAACCGAUGAUGAGACCGCGGAGAGAUAGUCGAUUGACUCAAUCUUUCCGUCCCGGCUCGAUACCGACUUCUUUUCGAAACACCGAUAUGAAUGCUCGCCCUUUCCAGCCUCGCGGGAAGAGCGCAUAUGCAGAGGAUAGCGACCACGAAGAGGUCGACGAUCGAACACCAUUAAUGAGACCAUCGUCUAGCCGUACCAAGACACCAGGUUAUGGAGCAGAUUCUGUACCCAGUCCGUUUACAUUCCGCCAGCGACACCGAUCGACUUGGUCCGACUCAUCCCAAUGCUCGCCUCGUGAGGCUCCGGGCCAUGACAUCAACAAUCCGCCGUCCAUGCCUUCGACCCCUAAGCUGGGCCCGGAAAUGGGCUACAAUGAUGCAGUUAUGACCGGCGCGGAGUUUGACUUUGGCGCUGGCAGACUUAUGGAUAAUGAACGUGAUGAGUCUCGGCCGCGCGAUAUGGUGAUCGAUGUGGAGGGAACCGGCCAACAAUCUAAAAGCCUACCGGGAUCCGCUCCAGCGUCACCACACCGUACACCUCAGGAAGGGCUAUUGAGACGUCGGACUGUGCCAGCGGAAGAGGAUGUUUGCUUCCCACAGGAGGAUGUCUCUGAGGCAGCGGAAGAAUGCGCGCCAGCGCUAUCACGAGGAGACCUGCGGCGCAGACGACGAGCAAAGGAAUGGCCGGAUCUUUCGGUCUUGGAAGAUUGGGCCCAUGAGGAAAAGGAAGGGCGGACAGGCGUGUUCCGAACAAAAAAGAUUAGCGAGCCUAUGCUGAUUGAGGGUCGUCUCCGUCCCCAGUUCCGAGGUUGGCGGCGUGAGGAGGAUGAGGUACCUUAUCGAUUCACGUACUUCAAUGAGGAAUUUCAAAGCACUAUCCAUGCGCAAACGAUCCCGGAACUGGUUCAAACAGGAAGUAGCUUCCGUGAACUCUUUAUCCCCGAUCCACCUGAACUUGAGGACUCCUCUGAUGAGGAAGAAUCAGACUCGGAGCAUCGGACUAGCGACCACCUAACGCCGAAUUCCCGUACUGCGAACCAUAGUCAAACGGUGACACCAUCCAACAAUCAUGACUUGCAUCCGCCAGCUGAGGAGAGAGCGCACUUUCGUGGGUCGCUUAUCAGUGAAGCGGUGUCAGAUGGACGAGCGUCGGGCGACAUGCCGAAAGAUCAGGCCCAAACUCCUCCGAAACCUAAACGGUACGGGCCUCGACCCACCUUUUGGCUCGAUGUCCUAUGUCCGACUGACGCAGAAAUGCGGGUGAUAUCCAAAGCGUUCGGCAUCCACGCUCUAACAGCGGAGGACAUCAUGAUGCAGGAAGCACGCGAAAAGGUCGAGCUAUUCCGAAACUACUACUUCUUAAACUAUCGCACGUUUGAGCAGGACCCAAACAGCGAAAACUACUUGGAGCCAGUAAAUAUGUACGUUGUCGUCUUCCGCGAGGGAAUCCUGUCUUUCCACUUCUCGCAAACGCCUCACCCCGCAAAUGUACGUCGACGCGUCCGACAACUGAUGGACUACUUGAUCCUGAGCUCGGAUUGGAUAUCAUAUGCUCUCAUUGAUGACAUCACCGACGUAUUUGGUCCCCUGAUUCAAUCAAUCGAGGAUGAAGUUGAUGACAUUGAUGAGAUGAUCAUGAAAAUGCAUUCCGCUGAAGGCCCUGCAACUUCGAGCCCGAAAGACGAGCAAGACAAAGAUGAGGUCCCAGGCCCUGGUGAGAUGUUACGGCGUGUGGGUGUGUGCCGCAAGAAGGUUAUGGGGUUGUAUCGACUAUUGAGUAACAAGGCAGACGUUGUUAAGGGCUUUGCCAAACGAUGCAACGAGCAUUGGGAGGUAGCGCCCAAAUCGGAGAUUGGUCUGUAUUUGGGUGACAUCCAAGACCAUAUCAUGACGAUGACCAGCAGCUUGACAUAUUACGAGACACUUUUGUCACGCGCACAUAGCAACUACCUAGCGCAAAUCAACAUUCACAUGAACGAGCGGCAGGAGCAGACUGCAGAUGUAUUGGGAAAGCUGACCGUCCUUGGAACUAUCGUUCUACCCCUCAAUAUCAUCUGUGGUAUGUGGGGGAUGAACGUCAAGGUACCAGGACAAGAAGUCGAUAGCUUAACUUGGUUUUAUUCGAGUACGAAACACUCUACCUUCACCUCGCAGAAUUUGGAAUACAUAGCUAACUUUGCUCGUUCCAGUCACCGCUGGCCUGGUUCUUUUCGCCUUCGCCUCAUUCCUGAUUGCGAAACGGGUGUACAAUAUCGUUUAAUCACUUGUUUGUGGCCGUCCUUCGAGACGAAUUAUUCUAAUUAUAUCUUUUCCCUUGUUUAUUGUUGUCCCAUGAGGGUCUGUAUAUAAAGCGCUGCUACUGGUUAGAGGCGGCUGGUGUUGGUUGACUCUGGGUUAGUCUCAUGUUUGGGUAGAUACACUGGUCUUGUACAUAGAGUAAGAGCCAAUAAUGAAAGAGCCGAGUUUGAAUCGAUGAGAGAUUUCAAGCCUCUGUCAUAUUAUUAUAAGCUAGGAUCAUCUUUUUUGGGGCCGAAGUUUUGCCUGGUUGUGAGUUGCUGAGUAACCUUUGGUU